GGAAAAGUUUCCCGAUAGACCUUCACGCUGCACCUUGUGCCAUGCUCAUACGGUGGGUGCUUUACAUAUCAGAGAUGCUGGUUCUUCGGAAGCUGCUGGUGUUAGGUGGCGAUGUCUGCACUCGCGGCCCGUCUUUGGGGUGCAGAACGUGGUACACCUUUUCCCAAGCAGGUUAUUGUUCCAAGUCCGAGCAGAGUCCGGCUGCGGGGGCAGAUAAAGUAGUUUCCUAUGAGCAGCUAAAAAGGAUGCUGGCAAGCCACAAUGUCCAGCUGUUUGAUGUUAGGAACCCGGAGGAAUUCCAAGCAGGAAGAAUACCAGGAUCAACUAACAUUCCUUUGGAUAUUCUAGAGGAGGCUUUAAAGUUGGAGAAUGUCGUGUUUAAGAAAUCUUUCAACGUGGAAAAGCCUGCUGUCAGUGAUGACAAUAUUGUCUUUCACUGCCGAUCUGGAAAGAGAAGUUUUACUGCCCUCGAGACUGCAAUUACCCUUGGCUAUUCAAGGGCUCGCCAUUACGGUGGAGGCUACCUAGAGUGGGAAGAGAAGGAAGGGUUAACUUCACCAAAUCCACAGUCUUGAGUCACCUGUGAGAUUCUGAGAAAGAGGAAAUUGUGGCCACCAGGGAGCGCAUUAGUGCCCCAAAUGCAACACAGACAGACGUGGACACAAGUUCAGCACAACACACCUUUUAUUCAACUGUGAGAAACAUUUUCCACAAAGUACCGUACUAAAGCACUCAUUGUCUUUUUUCUUUUCUUCUCCUUGCCUCUUUGUCCACCUCCACUCCUCCUCUAAUGAGCCUUGUCCUCCAACUCCCGACUCUGGCUUUGUGAAUGAAGUGAGGUGGUCCCUUUUAUGCUGCCACUGGUGGCACUCCAGUUGGCACAUUAGCAUGAAUCGGGAGCUUCAUAAAAUAGGGCUCGUCACAUCCUGCAGCAGCCCAUGAUGGCACCUCCCAGCAUGCCCUUUUGUAAUUCGGACAGCUGUAGGAACCCAGGGGGGCUGCCACUUAGCACUCAUGGGGAGGUAGGGCCCUGUACCUGUUUUCUCCCCCAGUUCUCCUACAAUUGAGGCAUCCCAGAUGGGUAAGGGCCCCAAGCCAUCAGCCACAACAUGUAUUCACUUACUCUUUGAUUACUAACAAGAACAUUAUAUUUAUCCUGUAUCAGCACUGCAUCUUUAAGAUUUUAUUAAUAAAUAAUGCAGUAUAUUUUUAAAUGUGCGUUGUCAUUUAUUUUGUGAAUGAAUUGAAAGGCAGAACUGUUCUUAUUUUUUCAGUUGGAAUCAAGUGUGUUGAAGACCUUAAUUAAUGAGUGCCCUGCAUUUAAGAGGACAAAUAUUUGAGCAUACUUAAUUUCAUUAAGCAAAUGUGUUUGGAAAGUUUAUUCCACAAGAAUGGGAGAGGGAGCUGCCCUUCAUCCAGAUGGCAGCUUGAUAUAUGUUUUUCCAGUUAAGCGGAAUUGAUAGAAAUGAUUCCCAUUAAAUCGACGCCUUAGUUUAAAUUUUUUUUUUGACUUGGCUGUCUGUAGUUUUGUAUUAAGAUGUGUCUGUAAUAAAAUGAGUUACAUAUAUUUCUUAUGAAACUUUCCCUGCUUGACCUACCCAUUCACAGAAAUAAAAAUGUCAGUUGUAUGAUGGGCAUGUUCUGCCAAUGUCCUCUACAUACUGUACAAUAUAUACUGUAUGUGUGUAUAUAAUAAUAAUAUUGAAAUAUUGCAUGUAUAAAAUGUGAAAAUGAUUUAAACAACAGUAUGAAGAAAGACUUUGGGAUGCAAGGUUUUCCUCAAGCCUUUUAGUAUUUUAUGAAGAUGUUUUUUUUAACAUUUGUAUCAAUGCAAUAUGCAGUUUAUAAACAAAGUACUGUAUAUUCUUCUUGAAUCCUUGCCAAGUAAACUAAUAACUAUGUUAAUUUUUAUAAAAUCUAAAACAUACAUGGAGAGUUACAAAAUAAUCUACAAUGACAAAGGUUCCUUUUUACUAAGGUCAGUAAUAUAAAAGCAUUAAACAAACACUCA